CUCUCGCACGAUGGACGCAGAAUAUCGUCUGCAUUUCAAAAAAGUAUGAGUUUGACAGUGUAAAUUAAAUACUUAGUUGACGUUUGAAAAUUAAUAUUCCGAGGCAGAUUAAAAUGUUGAUAUCACGAUUCGUGACAAGACGCGCGAAAAAUGCUUACUUUCAUCAAGUGCCGAGGUGCCUGGCCACCCAGGCAAAGCCAAAAUCAGAAGUCAUGGAUUUUAAGAAGCAAAGGUUACCAGCAGCCCAGCCAAAAAAGCCAAAAAGGGAACCCUUCGCGAAAAAUCUGUUUUUGGGAAAAUUCGAUUACGAAUUCUUGGCAUAUCCUGAGCCUCAGCGUUGGGACAGAUGGAAUGAAUUUCAAGAAUGGAUAAUGCCUCUCAAAGAAUACAUGAAUACAGUGAAUCAACAAGAGUUUGAGAGCUCAAACAAAAUACCUCCUCAUGUGUUGCAAAGUUUACGAGAGAUGGGAAUAUUUGGGGCUAGAAUACACGAAGACUACAAGGGUCAGAAUCUCUUGCAAUCGGAGUUCAUGCAAGUUCUCGAAACGGUUGGUAAAAUACCCGCCCUUGGUUUUUUCCUUUUAAAACAGGGUGUCCCAGCAAUUGACAUUUUCAACAAGUAUGGCACAGUUGAACAAAAAUUCCAAUACCUACCUAAAAUAGCCACAGGCCAAUCUUUGGCUAGUGUCGCGUUACACGAGGCUACAACCGGCCCCAUGGCCAGUGACAUGGAGACCACAGCUAUCCUUGACUUAAACGAAGAGUACUGGCUACUAGACGGAGAAAAAAUCUUUGUGCCUAAUACCGACCUCGCAGAUGUGUUUAUAGUAUUUGGACACGCGAUGCAUAGUGGCAGUUUAGAAAAGCGUCCUGAAAUCGUUUCUUCCUUCAUCAUUGAACGUGAUACCGAGGGUUUAACUGUCAUUGACAGUCCAAUGGAGACAUUGGGACUAAAGGGUUUCAACUGCAGUAAAAUAAUUUUAAAAAACGUCAAAAUACCCAAAAGCAAUAUGUUAGGACAAGUAGGCGACGGAGCUCGACAGAUUGUAGACAUGUUCACCAACAGCCGGCAUUUUGUCGCCGCACUUAUGAUUCCACUGCUCAAGAACCACGUGAACCUUUUGACUAACUACUGUUUGCACAAAAAGUAUUUCGAAAAGCCACUUCAUGACGCGACUUUUGCUCAAAGUGCCAUUACCGAGCUCAACUACACAAUUUACGCGAUCGAGAGCGUACUUUACUUGACGACUGCUAUGAUGGAUUUGUACGAGGAUCAGGAUGUCCACCUCGAGUCAGCCCUCGUCGAACAGUUUGCUGUUCAAGAGGCUUUGAAAGCAUUGCACGAAUCCAUGUGGCUGGUUGGACCAAGUGUUUGCUCCACUAUAAUGCCUUAUCAGCAGAUUUUAAGAGACGCAUUUACAUUGGCAAACUUUGAGACACAACUGCACGACACAAAAAUUUAUUCUGGCCUGUUGGGUCUUACUUAUUACGGACAAGAGUGCGUCGAGGCCAUUCGUAAAAUUAGGAAUCCCUUAAUGUACCCGAAAUUCUUAUAUCAGAGGUUGUUCAAAAACAACUUGAUCAAUCUGAAACUCCACGAGUACCUGCACUUGUCGCUGCGUGAUUGUACAAACUUUGCUGAUGGUUCUAUAUACAUUCUAAAAACACAAACAGAGCAACUGCUCGUACGCUACGGUAUUGAAAGUAGUGAGCAGCACCGCGAUCUUCAGCGACUCAGUGACAUAGUUUCGUAUAUUUAUAGUCUCGUUGGUGUGCUGGGCAGAGCUUCGAGAUCUUAUUGUAUUGGGAAUAGAUUUUCAGAAAUUGAGAUUAUAAUCAGUCGACUUCUUGCAUUCAGAUAUCACCAGCGAAUAAAAACACUUUCCGAAGACCUGAACAAUGGCAAGUUUAUCAACGGCGACCACGCGAGUCAGGAACUGUCGCUCAAGAACUUUGAGAAUAAAGCUUAUUACAUGAGCCAUCCAUUGCAAAGGAAUUAUUAAUUUUUUUUUCGUUAAAUAAUAACGAAAAUGUAUAUUGUACAUGAACAGCCCUUAAUAUGCAUUUUUUCAUUUGCAUCAAUAUUAUUAUUUUGAUUUGAUCAGUACUAGCUGGCUGAGGUCAAAGUAAAUUUUCACGAUGAAGAAAUGCACGUUCUUUACGUAUUUUUAGUUGACACAUACAAUGUCAUUAGAUAACGUUAAGAAGUUUUGCAUUUUCCACAUGCGAAAAUUCGCAUGGGAGCGGUUACUUGUAAACGUGAAUAAAGUUGUACAUAUUCGAAUUAAAAUAUAUUGUUUGUUAAAUAAACUUGCAAGCUUUUCAUUCAA